GGUAAAACAAACCAGGGCACAGAAAAGUGCGUCAGCUUUGGGUACAGUUAGUUAGAAAGACAGCUGUAUUUUACAAACGGAACGUCCAGUUCGCUUCUGUGACUCUCUGUCACGUUACAUGUAAUGACAACUGAUCAACGUGAAAUCGUUUACUUUUAUGCCGUGAUAUAUAAUACAUGCCAGAGAGUUCAUUACAGCAUGGAUUUUUCAACUUUUGUUUUACAUUUUGUGCCAUAAUUACAUCAGAAUUCAAAAACUUCGAAUUUUGAACUCUUCUGUUCAUCUUGUAAUUUUAAUUCAAAGAAAAGAAAAAAAGACUUGAAACUUCCAAUUGCUUACUUACAAGAAUCCAGUAGCUCAGCACCAUGACCCUGCUGGAUCCAGACUAUGCGGUGAAGAGCGGCAGCAGCAGCAUCAUCCGUGAGUGGAGUGGGCAGGUCCAGCCGGCUCUCAUCGCCUCCUUAGUCUUCCUCUUCUGCCUGGAGGCUUGCCUAUGGGUGCGCAACCUGCGGCUCAAGAGGAGGCUGCCGGGCCCCUUCGCCUGGCCCGUGGUGGGCAACGCCAUGCAGCUGGGCCAGAUGCCUCACAUCACCUUCUCCAGGCUGGCCAAGAAGUACGGCAACGUCUACCAGAUCCGACUGGGGAGUAACGACAUUGUGGUGCUGAACGGCGCCGACGCCAUCCGCAGUGCCCUCAUCCAGCACAGCACCGAGUUCGCCGGCAGACCAAACUUCCUGUCCUUCCAGUUUGUGUCCGGUGGCAAGAGUAUAGCAUUCAACAGCUACACCAAGGAGUGGAAGGCACACCGCAAGCUGGCCCACUCCACGCUGAGAGCAUUCUCCUCGGCCAACAGCCAGACCAGACUGGCCUUUGAGCAGCACGUGGCCGGGGAGGCCAUGGAGCUGGUGCAGACCUUCCUGCGCCUCAGCCGCGACGGCCGCGCAUACUUCAACCCGGCGCACGAGUUCACCGUGGCCGCCGCCAAUGUCAUCUGCGCCCUGUGCUUCGGCAAGCGAUACGGCCACGACGACCCAGAGUUCCGCACCUUGCUCAGCCGCCUGGGCAAGUUCGGGGAGACGGUGGGCGCGGGGAGCCUGGUGGACGUCAUGCCCUGGCUGCAAUCCUUCCCCAACCCCGUGCGAGGCAUCUUCCAGAACUUCAAGGACCUCAACGAGGAGUUCUUCAACUACGUCCGGGAGAAGGUGGGCCAGCACCGCAACACCUACAGCCACGAGGUGACCAGGGACAUCAGCGACGCCAUCAUCAACGUCCUGGAGAACGGCGAGAGCACGCUGCCCAAAGACUUUGCGGAGUGCACGGUGGCGGACCUAGUGGGCGCCGGACAGGACACUGUGUCCACGGCCUUGAACUGGAUCGUGCUGAUGCUGGUGACGCACCCGCACCACCAGGUCCAGCUGCAGGAGCAGGUCGACAAGGUGGUGGGCAGAGACAGGCUGCCCACCAUGGAGGACAGGAGCAGCUUGCCGUUCCUGGACGCCUUCAUCUACGAAACCAUGCGCUACACCAGCUUCGUGCCCGUCACCAUCCCCCACGCCACCACGGCGGACGUCACCUUCGAGGGCCUCCACAUCCCCAAGGACACCGUGGUGUUUGUCAACCAGUGGUCCGUCAACCACGACCCCCAGAAGUGGAAGGACCCGCACCUUUUCAACCCGUCGCGCUUCCUGGCUGAAGACGGCAGCCUGGACAAGGACCUGACGUCCAGCGUCAUGAUCUUCUCCACGGGCAAGAGGAGGUGCAUCGGGGACCAGAUCGCCAAAGUGGAGGUGUUUCUGUUCACAGCCAUCCUGUUGCACCAGUGUAAGCUGGAGCACAGCCCUGCACAAGCCAUGACAAUGGAGUGCUCCUAUGGGCUUACUCUGAAGCCUCUCCCCUUCAGCAUCUCAGCCAGACUGAGAGGCAAGCUGCUCGGUUUGGUAUCGCCUGCGUGAUCACAAGGGAUACAAAAAAAGUGAAAUGAAUGAAUGAAUGAAAUCAAAUAAAAAAGACUGGACAUGCAGCUCAAAUAGACUCCCAAACCACAAAGGACUUCAAAACUGUUUAUUGAAAGUUGCCUUUGUUGCAAAUCCUUUAACAGUGAGUAUUAGCAAAAGAAACUCUGCACUGAAUGCUAUUUAAGGAUGUUAUGGUCAUUUUCACGGUUUGUAUGAUUUGUGUUGCAAAAGAAAAAUGUGUGAUUUAAUGUGGAUGAAAGCUUCAUUACACAACAUAUCAAGUCAGGUAUACAGUUCCAGACAUAUACUACACUGCAGUGAUAAUAACUUAUAGGUGAAUGAACAACAUGUGGAAAAGCACUAUUUCAAAAAAUGAAGUACAGCAUAUGGCCUUUCUUACAGUAAACUUUGUAGUCACUAUCCUGCAUGCAUCUAACAUAUUGGCAGGACUUAUAUACGAAGUGACCAUUUUUAUACAUUAAAGUAUAAGCCUGUAUUUGUUUAGCAAACAGGUGUUUGUGAAAGUAGGAUACACCUAAGGGUACACUGUAUAUGUCAAAAGAAGAGCCUUUUUUAAAAGGAAAGUUCACAAAUAGAAAGGAAUACAUUUAAAAAAAUCCAUUUAUUCUUCACAUGAGAUGUUUAUGUUUAUUCAACAUUUUAUGAAUUAUAUGUCAGGUAUUAUAUGUUCAAAUUUGUCUACUGUACAUUGAAGAGCACAUGUCACGGGCAGGAGAGGUUACCCCAAAAAGGAUGGGUUUCGAGGUCACGCAUCUACAACAAUGUCUUGUUUCGAGAACUGUUAUUAAUUUCAGGAGUAUAACACACAGGCAGCAUUGAUCUAACUUUUCAGCUGGGGAAAACAGCACAAUGGUGCCUUUAAAUGUGAGCCAACUCAUUCAAUGGCCAGUUUUGAAUGAACUGCAUUCUGCAGAGGGGAUUGAACAAGAAAAAGAAAAAAGAGGAGAGAAAAGAAAAGGAAGAGAGGGGUGGGGGAUUGUUGUGGGGUGAGGAGAGAAACAGAAGGUGAGUUUUAGAUGCCAAAGCUAUUGCCUCCCUGUUUUUAUUUUCUUCAAACAGUUCUCACUUCAAACCACUUCCUAAGCUAAAAUCGCAGAAGACGGGAAGAAAGACAGAGAGAGAGAGAGAGAGAGAGAGAGAGAGAGAGAAAGAGAAAAUCCCAGGAAAUGUCGAGGCAUGACUUACACGUGUUUUCACAAAUGUGCUUUUGCUUUUGUUUACACCCUUGGGGCUUGGCGAGCUAUCUGGAAGUCAUUUCACCUAUGCUGAAAUGCAUGCAUUCAGGAAUUCAUAAACGAGUGUGUGAAGCCAAUAAUCACAACCACUUAUUGAAUGUUCAAGGUAAAGCAAUCACCACAGAAGAGUAUUUUAAUGAUUAUGUUGUUUUGUGUUUGUGUUUUGUACUCUUUUGGAAAAAUAAGCUACAUAGAUCUGGAGUGAAUAAAAGUGGUGUUUAAAACGGCUUGGAGAUGUACGAGACAUUUUGUGCUCCUUCAGUCUCUCUCUCUCUCUCUCUCUCUCUCUCUCUCUCUCUCUCUCUCUCUCUCUCUCUCUCUCUCUCUCUUUCCUGAUCACUUGCUUGUACUCUUCUGGGAAAGCAAUCAGGUUUUAAUGAAACAGAUACCUCUCUUUGUAUGGCAUCUUUAAGGUUCAUAAAUCCAACUUGAUUAGAA